AGUUGCGUGUGUGAGUGCAGUAUGUACGCUAUUCCCCGCGCGCUGUAAUGGAGCGCCACGAUUCGUGGGUGUACUAUAGUGCGAUGAAUCGUUGAACAGGUAUCGUGAGCGGUGCUUUUCAUCGUGCGACAGUGCACCGACGUCAGUUUCGUCAUUCAGAUCGUUAUUGAAGAUUCCACUUCGCAACAAGCAGUAACUUGAAAAAAAGGGUAACAGUGCGACAUCGUAGUACACUUGGCGGCUGUUGUAAUUGUCGUCAACAGUGACCUGGAGCUUUUAUGAGGGAACGUUAUGUUCUAUCGACACGACUGCAUGUAUUCUGAAGGUCUAAAGAGAUAUGCUUCCUCUGAUUGAAUCGACGAAAUCUCUGGCAGCCUCCCGACCGUAGUUGUCUAUUAGGUUGGAAAGAUGUCGAGUUCAUAUAUCGUUGAGCCGCAGGACAGUGGAUCCGAGAAGAAAGACGAUACAUUGAUCAUUAUUUUCAAUGACGAUGGAACAAUAACUGUGGAUCAGGAAACUCUGCAAAAUUUGAUAAUGAAUCAAACAAAUGCUAAUGUUAGCGUGGUAAGACUAGGACAAACUGAAGCAGAUGUUGAAAACGGAGAUAUUACCUUCACUGUAGACCCACCAUAUACGCACCCGACAGCGAGCUCGGUAAGCGCCAAUACCAGUACCGACCUUGGCGGGUUGGUAGAUCCUUUUAUGGAGAUGGAUCCAGAACAGCUGGAAAGAUUAGAGACAGCUCUCCAAAGCGAAGAGGCAAAGCAGAUACUCGGGGAGAAUGUCACUGCAAUGCUUGAUAUGCUGUCUGUAGAGGAGUUGCAGAAUUCGAUAAGAUAUAGUAUACAAUUGGAUCAUUGUUAUACAACUAGAUUGUCACCUAGUGAUCCAAUACCAAGAGAUCCAUUACCGAUUGCCGAUUCGCCCGAAUCUAAUGAUGUGCAGUACAUACAUCAACCAUCAUCCCCUCGAAUAUCAAUGUCAUCAUCAUCUAUCAGUGAUGUAGACAAUGCUGGAGUUAAGGGCAAGAAUAUCAUCAAGACUGUAAAUGUGAAGCAGAUCAGUAGACCAAUACGUAAAGCUUCUGUAUCUACACCUACAAAUGUAAGUGCACUUCCAAGAGCUAAUACAAAUAUCAGUGGAACGCCAAAAUUACCAGGACAUGCUAUGCCAAGAAAUAUAAUAAAUGCUCAGCAAGCAACAACCAAAGCACAAAGCAAAAAUAAUGAAGAAGAUGAUGAAUUCACAGAAUCACCUACAGAAUCUUCUGAAUCAGAGCCAUCUUCUGAUAAUGAUAAUGAUUCAGAUUUUGGACCUCGUAGUACAAAGAGAGGAAACAUCAGGGCUCGAGGUGGACGUAAAGGUCUUACUACUAGGGGUGGUAGUAUGGCAGCUGCUCGAAGAAGAGGUCAAAAUAAAUAUAUGGAUAUAGAGCAAGUGCGACGGUUAGACAUGGAAAUGGCUGCUGCAGUUAAUGCGAUGAAAGGUUCUGAGAAAGAUGAUAGAUCUGAGCGGUUUAGCCCUAGCAAACCUAAGAGGCUGAUCAAAACUUUUGGUGGCAAGAAGAAGGAGGAGAUGCAGUUUGCAGAAACAUCUUCGUCUGUGUCCGAAGAGAUGCCGAUAGUGCAAGAGAAACCUUUACAAACGACAAAUCAAGUGAAAGCAAAUCUGAUCAACGCCAAUAUGAUUAAGGGUGACAUGAUAUUAACUAAACCCGGUCAAGGAAGAAGCACUCAGAAGGUUACUUUCAUUCAGAAGCAAGUUUUGAUGAAACCGGACGAGUUGAAGAACAUCGGUAUUAAGAAGUCCAUAAUGGUCUCUAAAACAAAAUUCGUAAAUUCACCAAAUGCAAAAAUUUUCACGACUAAAGAUGGGAAAUUGAUACAAGUACCAAUGGCGUCGAAAAUGGUUAAUCCGAAUAUGCAGGUUACUACACAGGUGAAGACUGUGCCAACACAACAACCUGUGACAACGCAACAACAACCUGUACAGAGCACUAACCAAGGGUUACUGGCGCAGCAUCAAUUGAAAACUGCUGUAUCGGUCAGUAGCACACCGCCAAAGAUCAAACCUAGCGAUGUAAAGAAAGAGAAGAGGAAAUUGGACGGUAGCACGGAAUCACUGUCAAAGGCAGAAGAGACUGCUCCUGUAAAACUUGCAGACAAGACCUUAGAGAGCACGAAAAAAUAUUUUAAGAAGGAAAGUAGAAAACCUUCGGCGUAUGUAGCAGAUACUCUAGGUCCUGCGCUUUUUUCGACACCAGACAUAAUACGACGUGUUGGUACGAGCGAGGGAAAAACACCGGACAGUGCUGUAACACCCACGACUCCCACAACACCCACGACACCGUUGGCGACUGCAGCAUCUGUACCCGGGUCGUCAAUUGUUUCUACUUCGCCAACAAUGAACAUCGGCACAACUCCUGGUUCGGUCGUAGCACAGAAUGCUGUAUCCAGUCUUAGUAAUAAAAAGACGGUGUCAAAUUUAGAACCGUCUGUUCAACCAGAAUCACGAUUAAAUCUGGACGGUAACAACGUAGCGUCGGAAAACGAGGACGAAGCGAAAUCAGCAGUCAAAGCACCUCUGGCUGAAGAAUUGCAACCAUCUCUAGAUUCAGUGCCAAAUACCGCUUCGUCAGAGGGAAUUAUUCAACCUGUGGUACCUCAUGUUCCAAAUCAUGUUGUUUCUAAAAGUAGUGGGAUAGAGGGUGAGGAGCAUUUAUUCGCUACUCUAGAGAUGGCCAGUAAAAACGAAGAAGAACUGCUCGCCGAAGCGUUAUUACUGCACGAGGAGCUUGGAGUUGACUUGGCUGAUCAUUCUGCACUGGAUCCCGCACCAACAGUGUCAGAACCGUUAACAUCCAGUGGUAUACUUAUGCCUACAUUGAUUUCACCCGACCAAGAAUUACCCAAACCAGUGGAAGCAGCGCCAGUUGUACAGACCCAAGCGAAUAUUCCGCGAGAAGUAGGCAAAAAAUCUACAAAAGAUGACAAAGAACCGAUACAAAUCGUUCGGGGUGGUCGUGUGAUCACAUUACCGCCCAUUGAAGCACCUGCUACUAGAAGUAAACGGCUGCAAGCGAAAGCUGAGACGCAGCAGAAGAAUCCCGAACCAGCAAAGAAGAUAGAGAAACUUACUCCUCAAAUUCAACAAGUAAUACACAAAGAAGAGUUACGAACGGGGGUUAAUGCAGAAGAAGACGAUGAUGAUGACGACGAAGAGGAGGAAAAUUCAGAUUCGGAAGACGAUCCAGACCGCUUAUGGUGCAUCUGCAAACGGCCACAUAACAAUCGGUUCAUGAUAUGUUGUGAUGCUUGCGAAGAUUGGUUCCAUGGGAAAUGCGUACACGUCAGUAAAGCCAUGGGUCAACAAAUGGAAGAAAAAGGUAUAGAAUGGGUUUGUCCGAAUUGUCUCAAGAAGAAAGCUGAUGAAGAAAAAGGAAAAUCAAGUUCACAAACCUCACCUGUGAAACAGAAAACAAAAGUCGAGUCAACAAGCGAUAAUACGGUAUCGCAGACUGUUUUACCGAAAGAGAUACCACCGACAGUCUCGUCUGCCGAUCAUACUGUUGUCCCAAUUUCUGGCACGAUGCAGUGUGUCGUUUGUAAAAAGGAAGCCAGAAAUUCGAGCAUUUAUUGUUCGGAUGCAUGCAUUCUUGCUCAUGCCCAAGAGACUUUGACGAAAGAUAAACCUGUACCAACAGGAUCAGGUACAAAACCUGUUAAAUCACCUGUAACUCCGGAAACUAUCGUGAAAACAAAACCCGAGGCUAGAGUGAUAGUUUUCGACAAGAAGACUGGCAAAGUUCUCACUGGUGCGGAAGCUCCUACAAGAUCUAACUUACGAACAUGGCUGAAAGAAAAUUCGACAUACGAGGUAGUAGGAGCCAGCAGUCUCAAUACGCUUCAAAUAGGCGGGAAGCUCGUCACGCAAAUACACACAACAGGCAAAACUGCAAAAAUUACACAACUGUCUCCGGUUAAAGUGCAAACCGUGCCAAAGAUGAUUUACACGAAGGUAGCUGGAUCAAAGCAAACCAUUUUGACAUCCAAUAAGAAAGUCACGAUAAUUCCAGCUAUGCAACAAGUGAGCGCAACGUCAACUAACAAACCGGCACAAUUAAAACAGACAAUAAUUGCGACUUCGGGCAAGAAUCCUGUGAUACUGAAAACAGCAUCACCAAAAACCGUCACACCAACACAGUUAAAGAUCCAGACGACAAGUUCGCCGAAGCAGACUGUAAUCAAGAAGCAAGAACCUGUGAAGUCGAUACCGUCUCAGUUGAAGCAACCGAUUAAAGUGACGCCAGUAAAGAAGCCUGAGACGGAACCCAUACGAGUAAAUAUCCGCAAAACGCUGACGGAAUUACUGUCGAGUCGUAUAAAGGAAACUGAAGAUCUGAAGCUAACCGACGAGGAGAUCGCGGACUUAGCAUUCAACAUAGAACUUGAAAUGUACAAGUACUUUAAAGACAUGGGAUCUAAGUACAAGGCAAAGUAUAGGAGUCUCGUGUUCAAUAUAAAGGAUACCAAAAAUCUGACGUUGUUCCGAAAGAUCGCAGAUCGUUCCUUAACACCGGAUGCUGUGGUGCGAUUAAGCCCAGAUGAGAUGGCUAGUCAAGAACUGGCGGAAUGGCGGGAGAAGGAGACCAAGCAUCAACUGGAGAUGAUUAAGAAAAACGAGCUGGAUCUGAUGGCGCAGGCGAAAUCAAUCGUCGUGAAAACUCACAAGGGCGAGCAAAUAAUCGAAAAUGAUGGUGGAAUCGAUCAUGUUGAUCCUAAGACGUCGGUACAGGAUAUUGUCACUGCGUUAAAUAGCGGUGAUAACAUAAGUUCCACGGUUGAUGAUAUGGAUAAGGAUAAGGACAAAGAAGAUAGAUCAAAGUCACGAACAGAUGCAAAGAAAUCGAAGAAUAGCAUGGACGAACGAAGGAAAAGGGAUAAGGAGAGAGGCAGAGAACAUGACAAUAGGUCAAAGGGCAAGGAUCGAAGGGAGAGAAGUCGAAGCCGGCAUCGCCACAGCAGAGAUAGAGAUCGCAGUAAGACACGCGACAAAAGUAAAGAGCGAAAGUCGAGCAGAAAUAAGGAGAGCAGACGGGAGAAAGACAAGGAACGUGAAAAGGAUAAGGAUCGGGAACGGAAUAAGGAUCGGGACAAGAUGAACAGGAAAGAGAGCAAAGAUAGAAGCCGACAAAACGAAAGAGACAGGCACAAAUCGAGCAAUGAUGGCCGCUCAAGAAAUCGUAGUACAAGCAGAGAACCUAAAGACCUUGAUAAUAGGGAGGAGGAGCGAAAGAUAGAAAAGAAGAAAGAAGUCUCGCCACCGCCUACAGAGAAGCCGAUAGAGGAUCGUCUUUGGCGACACGUGGAAGACGAAGCGACGACAAAUACGAUCGAUGGAAACGAUUCCGACAUAUCCGAUAGAGAACCCAGUUCCACCGUAACGAUUAAGACUCCGGACAUUAACGAGGAACCUGAGAGAGACAAGGAACAGGAGACAGAAAUCAGAACGGAACUAUCAAAAGGCAUCUCUCAGACUGUGUGGCGUGGCUUUGUUAGCAUGGUCGAUGUCGCCAAGUUCUUCAUCACCGCGCAGGAUGUGAGUGGCAACGCCAAAGAUCUAAUGGAUGAUUUACCUGAUACUGUCGACGUAGUUGGUCGGAUAAGUCACGAUACUGUUUGGGAUUAUAUCUCGAAGAUGAAGAGAACAGGCUCAAAGGAGAUUCUAGUUAUCCGAUUAAUUGCUGCAAAUGACGAAGAAAAAAUACCCUACAUCACCUUAUAUAGUUAUUUGAACAGUAGAAGCCGUUUGGGUGUUGUAGGCAAUGUUUCCAAGAAUAUAAAGGACUUCUAUAUUAUGCCGUUUUCGAGCCAGAGCACGAUACCAUCGGUACUUUUACCACUCAUUGGACCAGGUUUCGAGGAACAUCGACCACAUUUGUUGCUUGGCAUUAUCGUUCGCAACAGAAAGAAACGGGUAUCGACUAUAACAUCGAGCGUAUUGUCGAAGACAUCCAAAAAGGAAAAUUCUGACAGAAGUUACACAUCGCCGUUGGUCAGCAUGCCGAAGGAGAAAACCUCGUCGCCGCCGCCAUCGUCGUCGUCGUCUCCCAUGCUGUACCAUCACAAAGUGUCUUCUGCUUUAGAUUCCACGAAGGAGAAACCAGCGACAACAGUGACACAGGUGACUUUGGAAUCUCUAAACAAAGCGCAUAUAGGUAUGUCUUCGCGUGGCAUCAUCGAUAGCGCCACCAUAUGUAAAAUUGUGCCGGAACUGUCGUCGAAGAUCGACUUGACUUCUUCGCCCAGCAAGGUUACUUUGGAUGACGGCGACGAGCCGUACAGUCCUGGCGAGAUGGACGAUGACAUAAAUACCAACAAUUCCACUGCUGAUAUUCUCUCAUCCGGCAAGAAUAAUAACUCGACGGAACUACAGAGAAAGAUGGACGAACUGAAUCGACAGAUCGAGGAACAGAAACAACAGAUACAGAACAUUAGCUCGUCGUUUCUCGGUGAGACGACGGCCACUCUGCCGGGUUUGGGAUUGGAUCCACCGAGCAACGACUGUGACGAAGCUUACAGUCCGUCGGAUGUACGUUCCUUCACGCCGCCUCCGCCCAUCUCCAAGUUCACACAACCUAUCCUCGAUAAGGUCUCGGACAUUACAAUACCGCCAAAUCUGCAGGAGAUUUUAGCAAACGUGAAGCGGCAAGAAUCUUCCAAAGUGGAUCCCUAUCUACCGUCUAAGCCUAGCGCGUCGUUUCUACCUGGAACAGUCAACACCGUAGGAUCGUUCUAUCAGAAUACGGAAAGGUACUCACCAUCUUCAUCUUCCAGAAUCAGUCAGUCAGAGAAAAUAACGCCGGAGGCCCCGUCGAAGGAGACCAAGAGUACGUUGAGCACCUUGAGCGACUUGGACUUGAUCAAAAAAGCAGAGGAAGAGUUGGCUGCAGUUGCUGCGGCGACAGCGGCUGCGACAUCGACGAUUCCCAUGGCGCCUGUACCACCGCCGUCGACUUUGAUCACUUCUGCUAGUACUUCGAGUCUUGCUAUAACAUCAAUCGCCCCAAUAAGCGACACGUCUAUAUUGACGUCGCAACAGCCGGUACUCUCAUCGUUGCCACUUCCGUCGGAAGCCGAAGGGGGUAAAGCGGUGUACAAACCGAGCGCUCCGGACUCUCUCAAGAAAAGUUACACUCCCGAACAACCGAAGCCGCCUGGUCUCGAGGACGAGGACUUUCCCAUGUUUCCUUCAACUCCGCCGUCGACGACUAUAGAUGCGACUAAAACUGCAGCGAAUGUGUCACCUCGCACGAAACUCGCCCCUAAAAGCGGCGUUGUGCUGAGUGUCAAACGAAAGGCGAGCGAUGAUGGUAACGCGUGUCUCUCUCCUUCCAAAUCGUCGAGGACAAAGUCGCGCUGGGGUCAAGGGCCGUCCGAAUAGAUCGGGCGAAUCGUUGCGACGAUUAUUGUGUCUCCGUAUACAUAUAUACAUACAUAGUGUUCCACGUGCGCUGUUUAACAAUCGCAGAACAAAAGAACGAGUGGAUGCUCGAUGUAAUUUGUAACAUAAAUGUACAAGAAGCUCGUAAUAUUAGGAACGUUUGGAGGCUUCGCUCGAACGAUUAUUUUGUGUGUAUUGAGGAAAGGAGAGUGUGUGAGAAAAAGCAAGAGGCAUGAGAAAAGUCGUGUAAUCAAUGAUGCCGAGUCGUUACUGUGUGGUAUUUGUGUGUAUUGAGUAAUGAACAAAUGUUUAUUAAGAUUCGUUAUCUUUCGAACGCGUCUCUGAGAAACGUACGUUAUGAGCUUUCGGUGAUUAUUGGAACAUUGGAAUAUGUAGAUAUAUAUAAGAGCUUCUUUAUUACUGAUUCUCUUUAUAAGAAAGAAAACGUGGUACGUUACACAUGCGUCGCAGUGCGAUUUGUACAAGAGCUGUUAAAGAGAGAGAGAAAGAGAGCCCUCAUGUCAUCCUAUUUCCGGCCCAUCUCUCUAUCCACCGUAGCAUUUGAUUGCUGCGAAUUUUCUACGAAAAUUACUUGCGACAAAAUGGUGUGUAUUUCCCGGGACUUGUUUUCCAUCUUCCAAAGCUCGAAAUUUUGUGAGUAAAUAUAUUUCCUCCCUUUCAGCGAGAGAUAUCAAGUAAAUUUCACGUAGGUAAGUUGGGAAAUUUAUCUAAUGAUAAACGCGGAGAUGUUUUCUAAUGCUGGUGGUACGAUCGCAGAUUGUGUAGCAGCGUUAUCAAUGUGUAUUGCUGUAGAAACUGUGUAGACGAGCGUGAAAACUGGCAGACAUUGCUUUAUUUUCACGUGCGCAUGCGCUGGAUUGUUUAUCAUCAUCCGCGCGCGCGUUAUCCUUGUAAAUACCAAAGCAAAGGGUGAAUAAAAAGAAAGAAACUCAGCGUUUAUAAUCGUGUUCGACACGCGAUGUCUCAUGUAACGGGUAUGUAUAUGUAUAUAUAUAAGCGAGUCGAAAAGUCUCUGUAAUAUAUUUUAUUAAAGACUCUUUGCCUCUCUUCGUCAGAAUGAUCAGCUGAGACUUUUACGUGAAGUCAGAUUCACUUUAAAGCCCAAAUUCACAACUUUGUUUUUGAGUAGACGUUCAUUUUUCAGAGAUGGCAAUAUUGUGAAGAAUAGCAGAAAUAUCAGUUAAUUGACCCGAGAGGAGUAAGAUCAAGCAACGAUACCGUUUACGCAAAUGUAAACUAUUUUGUCUAUUUGAAAUUCAGUUGCUUUGCGACACGACUCUACUCUUUAAUUUCCUGUUGAGAUGCGACAAGUUGUGCAUCAGGGGAGUACGUCAGCUUUUUAAAGUAUUCGACACAUAAACAGUUUGGUUGUUAAUUAUAUAUAAUGAUUCGUACAUAUGUGGUUAAUGUUGGAUGCGCAUAAACUCGACGUACAUCCCGUAUACAUAUAACAUAUUUACUAGCUGUACAUUUAUUUUUCUCUUCCAUAACGCAAGAAUUUCAUCGAGCUACUGGGACACGAACAUUAUUAUUCGGAGCGUUUAACUGUAUACAAUUUUUUUGUGAACGAGCGUAGUGUAUAGUUGCGAAAAUCAAAAUUAUCUUAAUCUCAUUUUAGAUAAUCUGUAAUUUGUGACAGAACGUUAAGUAAAAUUUUAUUUUUUAGGAAAAGUUUAAAGAACCAAGUAUAUAUGUAUGUAAUUUCAAUUUUUUAAAUCUCUCUCUUUUGUAUUAUAACAUGCAUAAAAUCACAAUAUUUUAUUCCAGGUACUGUCGCAACUUGCGGAUCGUCUAACGUAAAGUUUGAUUUAAUUUCUUUGUUCAUAGUUUUUCUUUAUCAGUUUUCUAGAGUUUAAUGUUUAUUGGUGACAAAACCGUUUGCAUUGUCAAAUUUGUAUGACAUCAUAUGAUUUUCUCUAAAAGCUUUAUUUUUCGACUGCCGUGAUGUACGUAUGAUCUAUAAUCUUUUUCAUUCCUGAGAAAAUUUGGAAAAAUGAUUUUAUAAAAUAUUUUCAUUGAUAUGGUGAUUCUAUUGUGAUGCAAACGAGUUUUGCUUCCAUUUCUACGUUCUCGCACCUUGUGUUUCGAGAAGAAAAACACAUAGCGCACGUUUGACAUGUUUUUAUAUCCUUUGUACGCUCUCACGUAUAUUUCUUCCAUCUCGUUAUCGAUUAGUGAAAUACAACAUAUAGCGUAUAUCCGCAAAGCAAUCGAUAACAGUAGUUGACGUUUGCCUAUAAGUAAUUUUUUAAUAUCGCAAUUGCCGCGAGAAUCAUAUUGUCUAUGUAAAAUAGUUGUGAACAUCUGUGUUUGAAAAUCACACACGAAGACGCUCUUACAUUUUUAUAUAUAACCGAAGAACGUAGAGGAAAGAACUGAAUUUUUAUUUGUGGUUUAUCAGACUAUAUAUAUAAUUUAUAUAUGAUAGUGCUGAGUUAAUUUAGCAAUCUAAUUUUAAACGUGACUAACGAGCGUCACUAUAAUCUCCAACAUACUACAAUGGGAUUGCAUAAGUUUGUAGGACACAUUUAUUAUAUCUACGUUUAAGGAUCAUUUUGUAAGAAUUAGCCGUUUUACUUUUCUCGUGCACUUUUGUACCGCGAUCUUCGGGUGAUAUGACGCAACAAUUUAUUAUUAUGUAUUAUUAAUAUUAGUCUCAAUCAUAAAAGUUAUCACGUAUAUGUAUAUGCAACUGUUGAUUUGUUUAAUUGUGUCUUCUCUCUUGGUGCUUGAACGAUAGUACAUACGUAUUUUACGCGAGAGUAUCCAUCUACACUAAUCACGGAACGUAUUGCGCGAUACACACACAUUACAAAAAAUUUAUAACAAUUUUAUAAUUGCGCGAUUGCACACAAUAGCUGCAUUUAGCGAUUAACUGGCGAAUGUCUAUAAUAAAGAAUUAAGGAAUAA